UAUGUAUAUAAAUAAUUGAAUGAAAAGGGGAAUUAAAUCGAUCGUUGAAUUAUACGCGGCACACUUCUCGAUCCACAAGAUUUAUACGUGGAUAUAUUGAAGGAAAAAAAAAAAAAAAAAAAAAAAAAAAAACCGUUAAGGAGAAAAUCAGUGACAUAUCGACGUGUGUCAUAAUAUAUCAACCGCACCAAAGUCCAACGGACGUAUCCUUUGUCCACCGUUUUCGUAUCCUAUAUCCUCUUCGUUUCUCUCCCCCUCUUCGACGGGCCGGAAUCAGCUCGUCGAUUCGUCUGCCUCCUGACCUCUCCUAGUUCGUGACUUUAGACAGGCGAAUUGCUGUGACAGCGGCUAGAACAGCGGCGUGUCCCAGACGUCUGCGGGUUCAGUUGAAGAUUCGAUACACAGCAGCGGUUUUAUUUUUAACGAAAUUAUCGGCGGCCGGGUUUGUCAGUGCAGGUUAGAAUCAGUGCGCGGGGCCUGUUUUUUUAAUUGAAAAAUUCAACUGGACAAGGAUAUUGGCGCGGUUUGCAGCAGACGCCUUAUUCCGCUUCCUGCCUCUCGUCUGCUCCUGAUUUUCACACCUUGAUUCGGGGCUGCGUUUCUCGCUCGAUACGUCAUCACCGGCGGCGAUCUGCAAGUCCGCUUUUCACGAGCUUGCCGCAGUCAAACAGAUUCGCCAUCGUCACGUUCUUGGAAUCCGUCGCUGUGGAAACGCGAAAUUCCAAACUACGAGAACGGCUUAGCAGACGAAAAAGCAGAUCGUAACGUGCAACGCAUGCAGAAAAGAGUAGCGAGUAUUAUCGACGACGUCUCUCUAACUUGAAGACAACCACGACGACCACGAAAAGUGUAAGAUGUCAAGAAAGCGAACAAGAGAAGAAAUGAUGCUUAAUAAAGUGUCAUUAAAUCAAAAAAAUCAUCGCAAUGAAGUCAACGACGCUUCUUGUUCCCGAGAAGAUUCGCCUGCUCAUCCGUCCAUAUGCAAGGAAGCGCCUUUCAGUGACGAGAUCGAGGCGGAAGCUGAAAGAGAAGCUUGCGAUUACUCAACUCGUAUCACAUUGAAAGCGGCGAAAUCUGGAAAAGCACCCAGAAGAGUGAGAGUAUACGCAGAUGGUAUUUACGAUCUUUUUCAUCAGGGUCACGCGAGGCAGCUUAUGCAAGCCAAAAACAUAUUUCCGAACGUCUAUCUAAUCGUCGGAGUGUGCAGCGACGAAUUAACACAUAGUAAAAAAGGCCGAACGGUUAUGACAGACUCUGAGAGAUACGAUGCUGUUAGGCAUUGUCGUUACGUCGACGAAGUCGUUAGAGAUGCACCGUGGGAAUUGGAUGACGAAUUUUUAACAAAACACAAGAUCGACUUUGUCGCCCAUGAUGACAUACCUUACAUGACCGACGAUGGUUCGGAUUUGUACGCCUUUCUAAAGCGGAAAGGAAUGUUUGUGGCAACUGAGAGAACGGAGGGUGUUUCUACCUCCGAUAUCGUUGCAAGGAUAGUAAAAGAUUACGAUAUUUACGUGAGGAGGAAUUUGGCAAGAGGCUACAGCGCCAAGGAACUCAACGUGUCCUUCCUAAGCGAAAAAAAGUUCCGCCUCCAAAACAAGAUAGAUGAUCUUAAGGACAAGGGUAAAAGGGUGAUGGAAAAUAUUGGCGAGAAGAGAGUAGACAUGAUAAGUAAAUGGGAAGAGAAAUCUCGCGACUUUAUUGACGCAUUUCUAUUGCUAUUCGGAAGGGAGGGUCGUCUGGUUGGUAUUUCUUCGACAAUAUGGAACGAAAGUAAAGGGCGUUUAAUGCAAGCCCUUUCGCCACCAGCGAGUCCUAAAAGAGAUGGAAGUCCCAGUAGCAGCAGCAGCGGCAGCAGCAAUAACGGAGGAAAUAACGACGACGAUCAGACAAGUCCUCCGCCAAAGAAGACGGGACGUUACGAAUUUGCCUUACAUAACAAUCAUUUCACGAGCGAUGAUUACAGCGACGACGACGAUGACGACGACGUUGACGAUAAUAAUAAGAACAGCGACGUCUUCGUCGUCAAGAACGAAGAUAAUGGAAAUGGUGAUCACGCAACGUCUGGACAAAUUUCCAAGUAGCAGUGAAAAACACCUUUGAGAUUAAAUCUUACAUAGUAGACUUUUACAUUUAUAUAAUCUUUUCGUUUCUUUUCUCUUUUUUUCGCAUGUAUCCUUCACCCUUAUUUUUUUCUUCCUUUUACUUGAACAUUUUCAUUAUCUCGAUACUUUGAUCAGAAUUCACAUCUGGAACAAAAGUAAAGCGUGAAGAAUCAUACAUCGAGAAUAAACUUUUCGAAAAAUACAAUAUUAGAAGAAGCAAAAGAAAUAAGAAACAAACGCAAUUCACUAGCACCCAGUAUACGUCUUGUAUAUAAACAGCAUCGCCACGUUGUUGCUACUGUUGUUGUUGAUGUUAAUUUAUUAUAUUUUCGUGUACAAAACAUACCAGCUGUAAUAAUAUGUGAAUAUUAUUUUGGGUUUCCUUCCCUCUUUUCGUUAAAAAUUUUAUUUCUAUAAUUUAAAACCGUGCGUUUGUACAAAAUAUGCAGACAAUAAUACGAGAGCAAAGUUUAGAAAAUGAACAAAGAAUAAUUUUUUGCUUUCAACAAAUUUAGGAUUCCUCUUGGUUCAAACUUGCAUUGGAUUCUUUUUUAUUGUAGUCACUUCACCUUUUUCCACCAUCUAUUCUUACUUACUUAGUUUCUUAUAAUAUUUGGAUUAAUGCUUUCGCUGAUUCGUGGAUAAACGAGAACGAAAAACAAAACAUUGAACGCCUAGAAAAAUCUUGUGAAAGAGAAAGUAUGUUAUAAGUAAAAAAGAAAACCAAGGGAAAGGAGAAAAUUAUUUUACAAUUUGAUAUUAUUAAUAUGAAUAACAUUCAUGAUGAUAAUAAUAGUAAUAAAAAUAACGCAGUGAGUGAAUCAGCUUUAUAAUUAUAUAAGAUUCUCUAGGUAGUCCCAAGUUAUGAGCUGUAAUAAAAUGAGACAUUGAGAGAUGUAGGGGGAGGAAAAGAAACAGAGAUGAACUAGUAGAGAGCGAGAAAGGGAGACACAACGAGGGGGAAAAAAUAGGUACGUAAAAGUGAUUAUUUACAAUUAAAAUAUACACACGUUCCGUUUUCGGGCGAUAUAAUUAUUAAUUUCCUCAGUUUUGUCGUAUGCCUAUUAUAUAUAAAGUAUAUGCAGUAUAGAAGUUGCGGGGCGAAUGAAGUUUCGUUGGACGUGCGUUUUGAAAGAAAGUAAAAAUAAAAAAAAAAAAAAACGACCACAAAUGCAAUAUGAUUAGAAAAAGGAAAUGUAUGUAUAUAUAUAUACAU